AGCAAAAUCUCCCCCCCCCCUCCUAAAAUCGCUCCAUCUCAUAAACCUGGGGGGGGGCGGGAGGGGGGGGUCCCUUCCGAUCCUCCCUCCUGACGCCCCCCCCAGCAGGCCCCCUCCCCCACCAUUGAAAGCCAUGAAUUUUGAAUUUGAGAGGGAGAUUGGGUUUAUAAACAGCCAGCCAUCGCUCGCCGAGUGUCUGACUUCCUUCCCCGCUGUCUUGGAGACAUUUCAAACUUCAUCAAUCAAGGAGUCGACAUUAAUUCCUCCUCCUCCUCCUUUGGAGCAAACCUUCCCCAGCCUCCAGCCCGGCGCCUCCACCCUUCAGAGACCCGAGAGCCAGAAGAGAGCCGAAGAUGGGCCUGCUCUGCCUCCACCACCGCCGCUCCCCGUCGCCCCCCCAGCCCCCGAGUUCCCCUGGAUGAAAGAGAAGAAAUCCGCCAAGAAACCCAGCCAAUCGGCCUCGUCUCCUUCCCCAGCUGCCUCUUCGGUUUCGGCCCCCGGGGUCGGAUCGCCCGCAGAUGGCCCAGGACUGGCGGAGCCCGGCGGCGGCGGCGGCGGCGGCGCGCGCAGAUUGCGCACAGCGUACACCAACACACAACUGUUGGAGCUGGAGAAGGAAUUCCACUUUAAUAAGUAUCUCUGCCGGCCCCGGCGCGUCGAGAUCGCGGCCUUGCUGGACCUCACCGAAAGGCAAGUCAAAGUCUGGUUCCAGAAUCGGCGCAUGAAGCACAAGCGGCAGACGCAGCACCGAGAGCCGCCUGAUGGAGAGCCCAUCUACCCGGGGACCCUAGAGGACACCGGGGACCCAUCUGAAGAACCCUCGGCCAGCCCGCGAGAUCCCUCCGCCUCUCAGGGGGCGCGGGAAGUCUGCUUUCAACCAACCGCUGUUGUUCCGGGUCCCCCGGGCGCCCCCGGCCCGGAGUCUUUGGCUUCUCACUUGGAGAGUGCGGGCGCACUGAGUCCCAGCUGCGCGCUGAGCCGAGAGCGCGCGCUGGAGCCCGAGCCAUUGCUGGAAGACGCCUUCCCCGAGCGGCAGGAUUCACCUUCCCUGCCUGACAUUAACUUCUUCACCACAGACUCUUGUCUCCAGCUGUCCGGAGGCCUUUCCCCCAGCUUGCAGGGCUCCUUGGACAGCCCGAUCCCCUUUUCGGAAGAAGAGCUGGACUUCUUUACCAGCACGCUCUGUGCCAUCGACCUGCAGUUCCCCUAACCCAGUUCCUCCCUCGAUCCCGACUCUUUUCAUCCCUGCGUUCCUUGGUUGGCUGUUGGGAAAGAAAAAAAGAAGGAAAGAAAGAAAGAAAAUCAAUCCUUUACCCCUAGUCGCAUUUACUAACGUGGUUUGCUAAAAUUCAGGUAUUAUUGAAUUAGCAUUAAACCCGCUCCCUUCUUUCUCUUUUUAAAAUGUCACAGGAAAAAAAAAAUCUGUUUGGUAGACUCCUUCCAACGAAAUCUCAGGAAUAAUUAAACCCUAGGAGGGCUUUCUUAAAAAAAA